UAUAUAUUUAAAUAAUUAAAAUUGGGAAGAAUCCCAUACCGUUUGCAUUCAAGAACCAUGCACCUAUUUCCAAUUAGAAUUUAGGAUUCGUUCGUUUGAAUUUGAAUUCCUGAGCUGAACUCUGGGCAUGUACAUAAAACGGUAUAGUGUAUCGCGAUCGUUUGAAACAAUGAAACAAUUCGAAUUAAUUGGCAAUUAAAAAGGCAAAUAGAGUGCGCGAUAUCGGGAGAUAUAUAAACAGCAGCAGCUGUGCAUAUACAUAUUUAGUUUUCCCAGAACAAACUGAACCAAAAUAAACAACAGUGCUGCGAAGAGGAAGAGCAGAAGCGAUCCCCCAACGACAACGCAGCAGAAACAUAUUUCAAAAGCAGAACCAGAACGAGUCGCAGAAAACAGAAAAACAACAAUCCACACCAGAGCAGGUCGCAGUCGGUCUCGAAAAACGGCUAUUAAAAUUUAUUUUUGUGUUUAGGCGUGUGUGUGUGUGCGGUAUAUAUAAAAAUAUUUAAACAAAUUCAUCUGCGCAGACGAAAACGCAGACGGUCGAAAAGGCUGAGCAGACAGAUAAACAACACGGUCGGCGCUUGCUCUCUGGUGACGGUGACGCGGCAAGGUGCUGGAGGUCACUCUCGCCACAUUUCGCGCACGGCCGUUCUGUCCGUCAUCACCACCCAACCACCCGCCCGCCCGCGUACUCCCGCCAGGCCACAUCCAGUUCCAUCCGACCGCGUCCGCAAUCUGGGGCCGCGCGAUCACAUAAGACACGACGGAAGAGUAAAGAGUAAAUUGUGAGGAAAAGUGAAGAGGAACCAGAAAGCGAAAAACAACAACAAAAACAAUAGCAAACUCACGCGCUUCUCUUUAUUGUUGGUCCCCCCACUGAUAAACGUUGCUAUCGUUGAUAAACAUCAGAGGCAGAGGCAGAGACAGAGACACACAAACACCAAUUAUUCCAAUCAAAUAAACGCCAAGUGCGAAUGCGCCCUCGAUUUGUAUGCCAGCAGCAGCACUCGACUAUCCAUUCCCAUACCCAUAGCCAUAGCCAUAGCCAUCAUACCCAUAGCAGCGCCACUGACGUCAGUGGCUUGACUUGGGAUCGGAAUCUGAAUCGGCAGCAGCGUUAUCGUUAUCCGAACAUGGUUGUGCCGGAGGAGCCGGGCUCGGGGGGCUUUAAUCAGACCCCACUAUCGGAGCUAAGUGCGGAUACGCGCAAUCAACUGGCCCGUAUGCUCAACCGUAAAAAGGUACUCCACUCGGAGGAGGGUUACGAGCGGGACUGGCGGGGCAUCGCUGCCCUGGCCCACCAGCGUGGCUUCGUCGAGGAGUAUGCAAACAAUCCGAUGGAUUUGGUGCUUAGCAGCUGGAGCCAGCGGAAUCCAGACACCGCCAAGGUCGGUCAUCUGGAGCACUUUCUGGGCAUCAUCGAUCGCUGGGAUGUGUGCGACGAUAUCCAGGAGAAUCUGAUCAAGGACACCAGGCGCUACAAUGUGAGGCAGGAGCAGCAGCAGGCUCUGGUGGAGGCCAACCGCCCGCCCACUCUCAUCGAGACCAACAACAACAGCAAGAGCAGCAGCAACACCAACAACAUCACAAUGGGUCAGAGCGUCCAGAUACUGAGCGACGAUGACCAGAGAUGCGUGCAAAUGGGCCAGCCCCUGCCCAGGUACAACGCCUGUGUGCUGUACGCCGAGGCUGACAUCGAUCACGCCACGGAGAUCAUGAACCACCUGGAGUCCGAGCGAUACAAUCUCAAGCUCUUCCUGCGACACCGCGACAUGCUGAUGGGGGUGCCCUUCGAGCACGUGCAGCUGUCCCACUUCAUGGCCACCCGCUGCAACCACUUGAUUGUUGUGCUCACUGAGGAGUUUCUCCGGAGUCCAGAGAACACGUACCUCGUCAACUUCACCCAAAAGAUACAGAUCGAGAAUCACACGCGAAAGAUCAUCCCCAUACUGUACAAGCCCGACAUGCACAUACCGCAGACGCUGGGCAUAUACACACACAUCAAGUACGCCGGCGACUCCAAGCUAUAUAAUUUCUGGGACAAGCUGGCCCGAUCGCUGCACGAUCUGGACGCCUUCUCCAUAUACUCGACGCGGCAAGUGCAAACACCCUCGCCGUCGGAGGAGAUGCCGCCACAGCGGGUGACCACGCCUAGCAUACGGAUACAGAUCAACGACAAAGAUGUCACCGAUUUGCCCAACUACAGCUACAAGGCGCUUGUUGAGGAGGACACCACAAUUGUGUCGAUGACGGGCGACACCAGUGCCCCGCUGCCGGAGCCAAAGCCGAAGCGGAAGGACAAGCUGUUUGGAAAAAUAAAGAUUAGCUUUGGCAAGACGCCGCGCAACUUGAACGGCACAACCGGCAAACCGUUGCGGCAUGCGCACUCAAUUAGCACCAUCAAUGCCACGGAACGCGAGCGCACGCUUAGCGCCAGCAGCUCGAACAUCUCCACGACGUCGGAGAGCAAGAAAAGCUCCAUUAAGUGGCAGCCCAGCAUACUGAAGAAGGUGCUGUUCUCGCGCAGCAGCAGCAAGCUGCAGACCCCAGGAUGAGCUCCGCUCCAAGCGGGAGGAUCAGCAGAGCAGCUCAUUUAAUUCCCCAAAUUCCCCAUUCUUGCGCCCAGUGCAGGGAUCCGAUCCAAUCCAGCCCAGCCCAGCCCAGUCAACGUCCGUCACCCUCCAUGUUUUAGUGAUAAUCUCUAGUAUAAACCUAAUCAAAGCCAACUAACUUAAUAUACUUAGACGCACUUGUUAACUUAUAUAAGACAACAACGAAUAAAGACAAUACCAUAUACAUACAUGCAUAUGUGCCACAGACAUACGUAACCCUAGAUAUGUAUACUAGCAGCUAUCUAUGUACAUAAGUUGGUUGUAUGAAUGAUGAUGAAUGAUCUGAUAAACAGACAAUUGUAUGUGAGGUUAAAUGUGCAACUCAUUGCUAAUCGAGGCAAACAAUUAACUGUUAGUCACGCGUUCGAUAAGUGACUUACUUAAUUCAAUUAACUGGACCAUCACCCCGUAAACAGAACUACAAUAUGUACCCCCCCACCCAAUCACACUCCCAUGCCGUUGCUGUUCUAGCAACUUGAAGGCGAAUCGGACACAGGCACAGACAGACAGACCCGGACCCGGACCCCCCCUUGACGUUGAGUGCCUUA